AUGCAAGGGAAAUAUGAUAGUAGGAUUUCAGUGCCAGGUAGACGCUUUAGUUAUAUAGUGGCCCACUCUGAAAUCACUUUUGAUUUGUAUGGCAAAAAGUUAAAACCAACUAAAGGCGAAAAAAUGGAAUUCGCCGAUGUAGCUAAGGAAUUGGAGAAGGAACUAGAUUUAUACCAUUAUUUCGAAAAAACUAUUAUUGACCUCUGUACUCAGAUGAGAAAUAUAAAUAAAUUGAUGACUACGCUCAAAACAAGACCAAGUCAUGGUUUGAGGGAUUCGUAA